AUGGCGACACAAAUAAACCCGAAGAGGCAGCAAGAGCUACAAGCCCAAUAUCAAAACUUCAAAACCACCCUUCAACAACUCGCGCAGAAGAUCGGUGAUAUCGAACAGGAAACAGAAGAGCACAAACUCGUCAUUGACAGCCUCCAACCUCUACCCGGCGAUCGCAAAUGCUUCCGCCUGAUCAAUGGCGUGCUCGUCGAGCGCACGGUUAGGGAUGUAAUACCAUCUCUCAAGACGAAUUCGGACGGACUGAAGCAGGUGCUGGAUGAGUUGCUGAAGCAGUAUAAGGCUAAGCAGGAUGAGAUGGAUAGUUGGAAGGUUAGUGUUGAACUGUUUGGUGUUGGUGGUGGUGGUGGUGGUUGGGGGUCAUGA